AUGAUCCUACUGCCUACCCUAUGUGAUACAGGCGCAUCCUUCUGGGAUUUGGUCAAGGAGAAUGAUCUUUUCAUGAUCCAGAAAGCUAAGGAACAGGGUGGUGCAUUAUGGAAGACGGUGCUGGCUACCGUACAGAAUGUAUUGGACACAAAACAAUCUAAAUUCAGAAUACUGCUAAAGAGUCCUCAAGGGCCUGAAGUUGGUCAUUUAGUUGCUGCAGCUGAUUCAUUGAAAGCCAUUGAGAAAGAUUGGACGUGGAUUGAAGAGAACUUACUGUCAGAAUUGCAAGAAUUAGAAGAUCCAACUGAUCAAGAAGCAUUCGCAGUGUCCAAGUUUCAAUCUAUGGUUGCUAGUGCUGAGCAGGACACGGACGAAAAAUCAACCGAUGCCAAAUUUAGAGCUGCAUCACGAGCAUGGAGGCAGAUAUUUCAUUUACCAGAUACCGAGAGACUUGUGAAUUUCUACUCAUGCGCCUACCACAAAAAGCUAAUCAAUCAAGGGUGGAUGUACAUAUCACUAUCAUAUCUAUGCUUUUACUCCUUUGUGCUUGGUGUCGAAACCAAAGUCAUGAUUGAACUCAAGGACAUUGAAGAGUUACAACGAGACAAAUCGAAACGUGGUGUUUUCUCUGAUGCUGUACGGAUUGUUACGAGGAAUAAACAGGAGCAUAUAUUUUCCAACCUAUUUCAUCGUGACGAAACAUUCGAGUUGAUUGAACAUUUAACAAAUCUUGCCAUGCAAAGAUUGUUAAAAUCAACAACAACAGAUCCAGCACCAGGCCUAUCACUGGAAAAACAAUUAGCUGCAGAUCAAGCUGAAAUCGAUAGUCUAAUGAGUGCCAUAACUGGAGCAGCACCCGCAACAUCGCCAAAUGGCCGCGCAUCAAACACAACACGACCCCUAAAACGUAGUCUAGAAGAACAGAAACGAAACGCCAAAUUCCAAAUAGUGUUCAACCUCCCAUCCACCGAAUCCAUUGCCGACGAAAUCAUAUCUGUUUGCUCAAUCCACGGCACAACAGCUACCUUCCAUGGCAAACUGUAUCUCAGCAAUACGUUUCUUUGUUUCAUGUCAACAGCCAAAUACCAAUGUCAUCUCGUCCUGCCGUUUUUCGCUGUGAAACGAGUUGAACGGAUUAAUUCUCAGGCAUUGAAUUUGUCGAUUACUGUAUGGCAUCAGAUGAAACUAGUGUUUCAGUUGGUUGGGGACAAGAAGGUCGUUGAGGCUUUUUGUGAUACGUUAAAGGAUAAAUUGCAGUUGCAUGUUGCUAAAAUGAAGAUGUUGAAGCAAUUGUUGAGUACUUGUGCUUCGGAAGAUCUGCUGGCUGAGCGAGAGGUUGUUUGUGGUGGUAUGGGGUUGAAGUUUGGGUUUUUGGAGGUUAAGAAGACACGAGAGAAGAACAAGUUGAAAUAUUGGCUGGCAUAUUUCAAAGAAUAUGGGAGAAAUUUGACAAUACUACGACUCCCCACAUUCAUUAAACUAGUACGAAUCGGUCUACCCAACAUCCUGAGAGGAGAGAUAUGGGAAUUAUGUUGUGGAGCCAUGUACAAACGAUUUAUAAAUGAUGGAUAUUAUGAUCAGUUGCAUGUCACUCAUGCUGGACAAGUGUCGUUGUCGACUGAGGAGAUUGAGAAGGACUUGAAUAGGAGUUUACCAGAGUAUAGCGGAUAUCAAACUGAAGAAGGAAUACAUUCUUUGAGGAGGGUGUUAUACGCAUACUCCUUCCACGACCCAGAAUUAGGCUACUGCCAAGCAAUGAACAUUGUAGUCAGUGUCCUCCUAAUCUACCUCUCCGAAGAACAAGCUUUUUGGAUUCUUUCAGUCCUCUGCGAUCGUCUCCUCCCCGGAUACUAUUCUGUAAACAUGGUUGGAGCCGUCAUUGACAAUCAAGUCUUUGAAAGCAUGGUAUCGAAAUACAUGCCAAUCCUGAGUGAUCAUUUCAGGAAGCAUGAUAUUCAGUUGUCGGCUGCUUCGUUACCAUGGUUUUUAAGUCUGUAUAUAAAUUCAUUGCCGCUGCCGUUUGCGCUGAGGGUGCUGGAUUGUUUCUUUUUGGAGGGGCCGAAGGUUUUGUUUCAAGUUGGAUUGGCCAUUUUGAAAAUAAAUGGUGAAACCAUACUCAAAGUUCGAGAUGACGGAGAACUCAUGAGCACACUGAAGCUUUACUUUGCCAGUCUUGGAGACACCGUUGUACCUACCACAGAAGCCAAAUCGACACAGACGAGAUUCAACCAAUUAAUGCUAACAGCCUACCGAGAGUUCCAAAACGUCAACCAGGACAUGGUAUUAGAAUUACGCAAAACCCAUCAACUCAAAGUAGUGCAUGGUCUCGAUACAUAUGCCAAAAGAUCCAUCGUCCGAAACCUCUCCUUCACUGGCAAAUUCAGCAAGGACGAUCUCCUCUACUUGUGCGAUACCUUCUUCACGGUGCAAUUCUAUGGCAAGCGGGAAAAGCAGAAAAUGGCUGAUCGAAUAGAUAUAACCCAUUUCAAGGCAUUCAUGGCACGACUAGCAUCAUGGGCAGACACUACAAAGGAUAUAGAAGAGCAGCAUUCACGAUUAGGUACAGAUACACCGCCUAAACCAGUAGUUGGAUCAGCAUUCCUGGACAAGUUGUUUAUGCGAGUGUUUGAUAAAAACGCAGAUGGAUUUGUCGAUUUACAGGAUAUCGUAUCUGGCAUGACGCUACUGAUUCACAACGAUAUGAUGUCUCGCCUGAAUCUAUUCUUUAGUAUUCACGCCACCACAGACGCCGACCAGUUUAUCGUUAAAGAGCAAAUCAUACAGCUAUCUGAAUCCCUCCUAUUCUUGAUGAGACGAGAAGGGGAAGGUGAAGAUGGCGCUGGGCCUGGUGGUAAAGGAGAGGUGUAUUUGAAUUCUAUAUCGAAUCUAUUGCAUCGUGCAUUCCAGCUGAAUGCUAGCGCGGAUAAUUUAGAUGGUGCUAAAGAAACGGAUGACAAUUUCAAGAUUAGUAUAUCGACUUUUAGAGAGUUGGCUCUGGGAGAGGAUUGUUUGGUCGAGUUCUUUGAUAAGGGUUGGGCUGCGAGUUUUGUGCUGAAGUCUACUAGUGGGGUAUCGCAAACAAGGCCAGUACCAGACCUUAACACCUUAUGGUCUGAAGGCAUGAAAUGGGCCACCAAAGGAAGCAGUACCGUCGUAGUAAAACCAAACCAGAAAGCUGAGGCCAAGAAACCCAAUGCAGCCAAUACUUCUACCACGAAUACAGCAGCAACAACAUCAACUACCAUUGCAACAUCAGUUGCUGAAUCAUCUUCAGAAUCGGAUACUGAAGAUGAUUAUGUUGAUGGAGUUGAGGAGGGGGAUGAUGAUUUCGAGGAGGUUGAUACUGAUGCGCUUCUAGCUGAAGUGGACAGCCUGUUGAUUUCCGAAGCUCCAUCAUCUGGAAGUAGUCCUGCUCGAGAUGAACAUCGUGAGAGUGUGGAUUUUGGGGUGCCGUUAUAG